AUGACGUCUGCUUCCGCCACAAUUGCCUGGAGGGCUGGCCUCCGGGCUCGUUCGCUCCCUGCAGCCCGAUGGUCGCAACGCCCGUUGGCAUUCCUACCGAAGCGGACCGAGCGCUUGCCUGGUGCUGCGCGAUACGCUUCAGACUCGGCUUCUCCUGCAGCUGCUGAACCCGUGAAGGAGACUGUCAAGGAGCUUCCCAAGCGAGCGGCUCGUGGAUCCCGAAAAGGCAUCUAUGGCACAUCGUUUGCCCUUGCGCUUUUGGUGGGAUACAUCUAUGGAACUGAUACCCGGGCUAGCAUUCACCGCUAUGCUAUGGUGCCUUUGAUCCGCAUGCUGUACCCUGAUGCGGAGGAAGCGCAUCACUUUGGUGUGGAGAUGCUGAAGUCGCUCUACGAGUAUGGCAUGCACCCUCGGGAACGUGGUAACCCCGAUAGCGACGGGGCUUUGGCUACUGAGGUCUUUGGCUAUACCCUUUCCAACCCCAUCGGUAUCUCUGCUGGUUUGGACAAGCACGCUGAUAUCCCCGACGCUCUGCUCGACCUGGGUCCCGCUAUCGUCGAGGUCGGUGGCACUACUCCACUCCCCCAGGACGGAAACCCUAAGCCGCGAGUCUUCCGCCUGCCCUCGCAGCAUGGCAUGAUCAACCGAUACGGCCUCAACUCCAAGGGCGCCGACCACAUGGCCGCGGUCCUGAAGCAGCGUGUUCGCGAUUUUGCCUACGCCGCUGGCUUCGGAGAUCACGACGAGUCUGAGCAGCGUGUCCUGAAUGGCGAUGCCAACGUUCCUCCUGGCAGUCUUGUCUCAGGCAAGCUGCUCGCCGUGCAGGUGGCCAAGAACAAGCUCACCCCGGAUGGUGACAUCGACGCUAUCGCACGCGACUACGUCUACUGUGUGGAUCGUGUGGCUCCGUAUGCUGAUAUCCUCGUCGUGAAUGUGUCUAGCCCCAACACCCCUGGUCUGCGUGAUCUGCAGGCUGCUGCACCCCUCACGGCUAUCCUGACGGCCGUUGUCGGCUCGGCCAAGAACAUCAAGCGCAAGACCAAGCCCUUUGUCAUGGUCAAGGUCAGCCCCGACGAGGACUCCGACGAGCAAAUCUCCGGAAUCUGUGAAGCGGUCUGGAACUCUGGUGUUGACGGUGUGAUCGUCGGCAACACUACUAACCGUCGGCCCGAUGCCGUCCCCAAGGGCUUUGCCCUCCCCGAGAAGGAGCAGCAGACCCUUAAGGAGACGGGCGGUUACUCCGGCCCGCAGCUCUUUGACCGCUCCGUUCCUCUGGUCGCUCGUUACCGCGCCUUGCUGGACCAGGGUCCCCCGUCGACCGAGCAGUCUGCUGAUCAGGAUGCCUCUGCGCCCGCUGAACAGGCACGCAAGGUGAUCUUUGCUUCUGGUGGUAUCACCAAUGGCCAGCAGGCACGUGCGGCCCUUGACGCCGGUGCCUCUGUUGCCAUGAUGUACACUGGUAUCACAUAUGGCGGUAUUGGAACGGUCACCCGUGUCAAGCAGGAGAUGCGCGAGCUGCAGAAGAAAUGA